AUGGGCCAGCAACAGAUGUGCGAGGCCUCGAAGUACAACUUUUGUUGCGGACUCGACGCAGAGGGCAAGGACAGUCCCCUUCGUGGGGUUAUCUGUUUCUUACCUGGAAUACGUUCUAAACUGCACUCCGAACAAUCACUGAACGACAGACACAUCCUGUCAAUGGACGGAUCCGUCAUUAUGGUGGGCUCAAGGAUCCGAGGCCAGUCAGAGGACAAUGUCAACUGGGCUCUUCGGCGGGACGACGAGCAUGUGUGGGCUCAGUCACACUGUUCGAGCUCUAAAAAGCAAAAGCACCAACGCGGCGUUGUGAAUGAUAAAAACGGCGUUGCUGAAGCAGUCAAGGCUAUACCACUCAAGUGA